AUGGCUGAGGCUGUUGUGUCAAUUGUUAUUGAAGGAAUCAAGCCCCUCGGAGACUUGAUCGUUCGGGAGGCAAAAUUGUUGAGUGGAGUGGGCUAUCAAGUUGAGCUUGCACAAGUCGAGCUACACUUGAUGAGUGCCUUCCUGAAAGAUGCAGAUUCAAGAACUGGAGACGAUGAAGUGGUACGCAUUUGGGUGAAACUGAUCAGAGAUGUUGCUUAUGAUUUGGAGGAUGUUAUUGAAUCUUUUGCAUUGAAAGUGGCUUCCAGGAGGAGAGGAGGUACCAUGAAGAUUGCUCUGAAAAGGUUUGCCUGCGUCUUCAAUGAAGGAAUUGAUCGUCACAAGAUUGGGUCAGAAAUUGAGGAUAUUAUGACCACACUUUCUCAUUUGAGGUCAAGUUUGCAAAGUUAUAAUAUAAGACAAAGUGAUCCUCCUCAACGUGUCGCUUCUUUCAAGUUUCAAAAGCAACGAGAUCUGAGGCGAACCUACGCUCAUGAAAUUGAAAGUCAUCUUGUUGGGUUAGAGGAAAGCACAGACAUAUUGGUGAAGGAGCUAGUGAGAGAAGGAAAGCGCCACCGUGUUGUUUCUAUUUGGGGGAUGGGCGGCUCUGGAAAAACAACUCUUGCAAAACAGGUCCAUCUUCAAAAUGAAGUUAAGCGUCAUUUUGAUGGUUUUGCUUGGGUGUGUAUAUCUCAACAAUGUAUCGGAAGAGAUGUGUUGGAAGAUAUUUUAGUCAAACUCACUUCCCCACCAGAAGAGCGAAGGAAACAGAUAGCAAAGAUGGAAAAAGAUGAAAUAGCAAAGACUCUCUGUGGAAUCCAAACAGAAAAGAGAUGUCUAGUGAUCCUUGAUGAUAUAUGGACUCACGAGGCAUGGCAUUCUUUAAAACCUGGAUUUCCGGUCAAUGAGGAAACAGAGAGCCGGAUAUUACUCACCACUCGCAAGAAGGAAGUUGCCUUGCUUGCAUCCAGAAAUGAUUUUCUCCACCAACCUCGACCUCUAGAUGAAAAGCAAAGCUGGGAACUGUUUCAGAAAAUAGCCAUAAGUGGAAGCGACAGUACAAUUUGUGCAAAGAAGACAGAAUUAGGAAAGAAGAUGUUGGUACAUUGCUCAGGUCUCCCAUUAGCCAUCAGAAUGCUCGCUGGUCUUCUAAGUAGACGAGAGACAGAUGAUGAGUGGGAAACAGUACUUAGAAAUGUUAAUGUAUACAUAAUGAGAGGCACAAAUGUCCUUGAUAGACAAAAUACAGGUCAAGACUAUGGUGUAUUGAGUGUCUUGGCAUUGAGUUAUGAUGAUUUACCAUCUCACUUAAAACUCUGCUUUCUAUACUUGGCACAAUAUCCUGAGGAUCAUGAGAUACCGGUAAAAAGAUUGACUCAAUUAUGGAUUGCAGAAGGGUUUAUUACUUCAACAUCAGAAAUACAAGGUUCGGUGGAAAUAAUGGAAGAUGUAUCAUAUGGUUGCCUAACUGAACUGGUGGAAAGAUCUAUGGUUCAAGUUGUAAACUAUGGUUUAAGUGGGAAGGUGAAAACUUGUCGUCUCCAUGAUCUUAUGCAGGACUUGUGCUUGCAAAAGGCAAAAGAGGAGAACUUUCUCGGUGUUGGUAACUUUUCUGUUGGUCCGGUAUCUAAUGCAACACUGAUUGGUAAGGUUCGAAGACUUGCCCUCCAUUUGGACGAAAAUGUUAAAUAUGAGUUCAGUGGUAAGGAUGGAAGAGAUGGCCAUAUCAGAUCUCUAUUAUACUUUGCCCCAAAAUACUUCAAUCGAAAGUGGAACAAAAGAAUAAUACGAUCAAUAUUCAAUGACUUCAAAUUGCUUAGAGUCUUGAAGUUUGAAAAUAUAGAUAGAGAGUUUGAGUUACCAAAGACGAUUGGGAAUCUAGUCCACUUGAGGUUUCUGAGUCUGAAGGAUAGUGCAUUUCGUGCCUUGCCAUCAUCUGUAUCUAAUCUGGUACUUUUGCAGACUCUAGAUCUGCGUGGUUGUCUUUUAUCCUAUUGUUUUUUUUGGAUGACCAAAAUCAGAUAUGUGUUUUCGAAUAUGGAGCAACUGAGGCAUUUAUAUUUACCUUCUCAGCACUCUGUAAGUGGUAAGAAACUGUCAUUUGCAAGGCUGCGCAAUUUGCAGACGUUGCUCAAUGUUUCAAUCGAGAAAUGUGAUUUGAAUGAUCUUGUUCAGUUAACCAAUCUCAAAAAACUAGGCAUAAUUGCAUCACAGCCUAGUCACUUGAAAAGGUUGAAGAAUGUGUUGAUAUUAAGAAGUAUAACAUAUGAGCAUCUUCGGUCGCUAACUUUGACCGUGUAUCGUGGUUGUGAUGAUUUACGAAGAGAUAUUGUAUUAAGGUGUCCCCAUUUAUACAAGCUGCAACUGAACGGGAAAAUUACAGCAUUACCAGAAGAGCUCCUGGGCUAUCCAAAUCUCACCAAGAUAAAGCUGAGAGGAACAAGACUGAAGGGUGACCAGAUUGAAAUACUGGAGAAGCUGCCCAAUUUAAGGGUGCUUUACCUCGAUGUGUUUUCUUUCGAAUCAGAAACAAUGGUUUUCUCCCAAGGAGGCUUUCCUCAUCUGGAAUUUCUUACCCUUCAUUACUUGCGUGAUUUGAAGGAGUGGAGGGUGGAGAAAGAAGCCAUGCCUAGUCUUCAGAGAUUGCGCAUUAAAUAUUGCAAAGAAUUGCUGGCAGUUCCAGAUGGGCUUCAGGAUAUUACUACCCUCAAGGAAUUAACAAUUGACCGGAUGCCCAGUAGAUUCUGCAGUAGGUUUGGGGAAGGAGGAGAGGAUUUCUACAAAAUCAAACAUGUGCCUUCUCUUAUAAUCACAAAUAUUCUUCAUUUGGACGAGGAGCCAGAAAUGGAGGAAGCAGCAGGGGCGUCCCGAGUAGUAGUUACGGGUCCAGUCAGCGACUCUCAUCAGGAAUUAACUGUGGAUGCUUCUCCUCCUGCUCCUCCUGAUGAGGAAACAGAGGACAUCCCCUCCUAA